AUGGAUCUUCCGUCUCAAUACCGUGAGGAUGCACAAGUGGAGAGAAUUGGAAAGGAUUUGGGUGAUCUCCUAACAUGGAGGAUAGUUGUGCCUUAUCCCAUGGUGCGGGUCGAGGUGGGCUGCGAUGUCCCGCUCAUUCUUUACCGAGAAGCGAGAUCGGAUACGGGAGAAGUUUUCAGGAUCAAUUUUGAUUACCUGAAACUACAAAAUCAUUACAAAACAAGUCUGAGGAUGUCGCAUGAUGCUAGGGCUUGUCCGAAUUGGUGGGGAAGGCAACAGAGCAUAGUUGAACCGGCGGCUCGACACAUGGAGCAGCAAGACGGGCAACGACAGAGAUCUCUUAAGGUGGAGCCUGUCCGACCAAACGGAACCCGAGAGAACCAACCCAAACGACGCGGCGGCAAACCGGGGGACAGGGACUCACCAAAACUGCUCCGCCGUGAUUUGAUGAAUGAGCUGGGAGAGGCCCAUGACGGAGAAUAG